AUGUAUCAAAUCGGCAAUAUCUACUUUAUCACAGCCAUCGCUGUCAUCGGCGGGGGGCUCUUUGGCUUCGAUAUCAGUUCGAUGUCCGCUAUCCUCGGCACACAACAAUACAAAUGCUACUUCAACGAAGGGCCCAGUGGGCCACCCCAAUGCUCUGGACCCCAUUCUAAUACCCAGGGCGGAAUCACAGCUUCAAUGCCUGGCGGAAGUUUUGUUGGUGCUCUAUCUUCUGGCUUCUUGACUGAUAUCUUCGGGCGCAAACGGGCGAUCCAAAUCGGCUCUGUGAUUUGGUGCAUCGGGUCCAUCCUGAUAUGCGCUUCCCAGAAUAUUGGAAUGCUUGUUGUGGGCAGAUUCAUCAACGGCUUCAGCGUUGGUAUCUGCUCUGCGCAAGUUCCUGUCUAUGUAUCCGAACUAGCACCACCUAGCAAACGAGGCCGCGUGGUCGGUGCCCAGCAAUGGGCCAUCACCUGGGGUAUUCUCAUCAUGUUCUACAUCAGCUACGGUUGCAGCUUUAUCGACGGUACUGCGGCCUUUCGCGUACCUUGGGGUUUGCAGAUGAUUCCUGCCAUCAUCUUAUUCUUCGGACUAUUCUUCCUCCCGGAAUCACCUAGAUGGCUUGCGCGUAAGGACCGCUGGGAGCAGUGUCACGAUGUCCUGGCCCUUGUCCAUGCGAAAGGUGACCGUAACAACCAAUUUGUCCUUCGCGAACUCCAGGAAAUUAAGGACAUGUGCGAAUUCGAGCGUAGAAACGCUGAUGUUACUUUCCUCGAACUGUUCAAGCCCAAGAUGAUCUAUCGAACCCACGUGGGCGUCUUCACUCAGAUCUGGUCUCAACUCACAGGGAUGAAUGUGAGUAUGUACUAUAUCACUUAUUUGUUCGGUAUGGCCGGUCUUAAAGGAAAUUCCAAUCUGGUGGCCUCGUCCAUCCAAUACGUGAUCAACGUAUUCAUGACCAUAUUCGCACUCAUGUUUAUCGACCGCUGGGGACGCCGAUGGCCACUGAUGAUCGGCUCAACCUUCAUGGCAAUCUGGAUGUAUGCCAACGGUGGGAUGUUGGCCACGUACGGAUCUCCAGCACCCAAGGGUGGCAUUGACCAUGUUGAGGAGGAAUCCUGGCAGAUUCACGGUGCUCCGGCAAAGGCAGUCAUCGCGUGCACCUAUCUAUUUGUGGCGUCUUUCGCCCCUACUUGGGGUCCAGUGUCUUGGAUUUACCCACCAGAACUAUACCCCCUGCGCGUUCGCGGUAAGGCAGUCGCUCUCACGACAGCGUCCAACUGGAUCUUCAACUUCGCGCUCUCCUACUUUGUGCCCCCGGCGUUCGUCAACAUCAAGUGGAAAGUGUACAUUGUGUUUGGUGUCUUCUGUACCGCCAUGACGAUCCACGUCUUCCUUUGCUUCCCGGAGACCGCCGGCAAGACUCUAGAGGAAGUAGAGGAAAUCUUCCUCAGUGAUGUCAAGCCAUGGAAUACCCAUGUCGACUACCAGCACGUGGUGAGAGAGGAGCAAGGUGAUGUUGAUCCGGAGAAGCGAUUGAGCUUCGCAGUCCAACACCACGAGAGGCGAGACAGUCCUGUCACCGAAGUCGCCCACCAGACAGAAGCGGUUGAGAAAAACGAGGCGGCUGCAUAA